UUAUCAAUCGAUAAAACAAUAUUAACAGAUUUGGCCCGUAGACUAUCCAACGGUGACCAUGUUAAACCCAAAACACCAGAGGAAAAAGCCUGUUUUCAACUUCUUAGUGACCUGGAUCAUAUAGGAGGACAUGUGGAUGGAUCAGUAACAAACAAAAAAUACAUGAGAAAUGAAAUCUGGUCUCUAAUCGCCUACAAAGGGGCACCAUCAUGGUUCAUAACUUUUGCCCCUGCUGAUGUAAAACAUCCAAUUUGUCUUUAUUACGCUGGGUCAGAUGAAGUGUUUAAGCCUGAUAUCAUCCCUGACGAUGUUCGAGCCAAAUUAAUUGCCAAUAAUCCUGUGGCUGGUGCUCGGUUUUUUGAUAUGAUGGUUAAACUAUUUAUCAGACAUGUGUUAGGAGUAGACAGUGAUCAUGAUGGAUUAUAUGGAAAAACAGCGGGAUAUUAUGGCACGGUGGAACAG